AUGGAGAGUACUGGGACCUCCUCGUCAGCGAAAAUUGAUAUAAGCCAGUCAAUGAGUUCAAGACUUGAAGGGUUAAUCGAGGUUCCAAUUACAAAACAAGCUUCAGAUGCAUUAAUUGCAAUGUUUAAUUAUUUCGAUAAUUACGCACCAAAAACUCCUAGUUUUUACGAAAUUGUUACAUACUUAAGAUUCUUUCAACUACUCGGUGCUGCAAUGAUGGCUCCCAACCGAAGAAUUUUCCAAGAAGGUACAUUGACCUACUCCGCAAUGAGUAUUUUAAGCAUUGAAUAUCACGUUAUACCAGUACAAGUUCGUUUUGGUAAUGAAGACACUAUUGCCCUUAUUAUUAACUGCAUUCUUAUCGCUUUCGGUGCUUAUUUAAUUGUGACAGCUAUGAUUUACCAUAAAACGACCAAUCUUCCAAAGCUAUCAAUGUACAUUUUGAACUUCUUCAUGAUCUUCGGCCCACUCUACUUCAUUCCAGUCUCAGCGCAAUUUACAGGCCAGCUUAUAUCUGCAUACUUUACAAAUGAGCUGAAAGUAACUGCUAUUGGUAUAGUGGCAAUCAUUUCUACAAUAGCUGCACUUGCCCUUUAUUUCUGGUCAUUGGUUGCUUCAUUCGCGCUUACACUUGUUUUCCGUCCGUCAUCAUUCUUCGCUGCAGAUGGUAUGGCACAGAUUAAGCUUAUGGGUUGCACAACAGGCGUCACAUUCUUCACUGCUCUUACCACUUAUACAAGCAAAAAUGCAACAGCCGUCUUAUCUGUACUUACAAUUUUCAUUUACGCUUAUGCAUGCUCAACUUGCUUCAAUUGUUCAACAUCUGUUAAGUUCACAUAUCUCUGCAUGGUUAUGGGUGGCUCUAUUUUGAGUAUGAUUGUUAUUUUGGCCAACUUAUAUCCAAUUCUCUCUGGCAAGCCAUGGGGCCAAUUUACUUCGUUCUUUACAUAUCUUGCGGCAUUGUUGUCUUCAUCCUUACAUACGUUUUCAUGA